GUUGGUUUGUAAGGACAUCAAUCCCGGCAUUUAAAGCUAAGGCUGGAAAAUUACAUCACGUCUGGUCGUAGCAGCCAACAUGUAUAGGUACAUGUACAGCAGAUCCAUGAAUUGCAUUAAAUCUCAAGCAACUCACGUGGACCUCUUUACAUUUUACUUCGCCCAAUCGAACUCUCUGGCUUUGUCUCCCCAUGUAUAACUUGUACACAUAAACCUGCAUAUUUUAAAGUUGCCAAGUGUUAUUCGUUUGUUGUACAUUUCCUCUCCACUUCGUCUCCGUGUGCCAAAUCAUUCAACGUUACCAUACAUCGAUACAACCGGUACGGUUAGUCUACAUACAUACCUACACCACUCUAACACCACUACAUGUAGGUACUAGGUAUUGGUACAUAUAGUACUUAAGUCGUCUCUCUGUCUCUCUGUCAGUGAGUCUGUCUUAUCUUGUCUACUCGGAUACCUAUCCAGUGUCAGCUACCGGUGGCCUUUCCUUACCCUAGACAACCCUCGCCAUAGUUUCAACAACUAUUCACUGAUUUCACAUGGCGGCAAGUCGACGAGGUUCAUUACGUACCACCAUUCAACAUUAAACUACAUACCUACUCAGCUACAUACCCAACUACCUUAGAGUACAAUACAACAAAUCUCAAGGGAUGAUGAGUACCACCGGUGAUAUCUCCGCCGAUGGCGCUGUCGAUGGCGCUGCUGCUCCCGGCGAGCUACGCCGUAGACAGAUUGACACAAAUGUGAAUGAUGAAAGUGAUAAUGGCAGUGAAGAGCCAGUGACGCCAACAGCACCUACAAAACCCAGGAAGACCUAUGGCCGCACCAAUGACGGAACGGUCUUCACAGUUCCUACUACCCAUGACAUGGUAUCGCAGCUACUCGACCCAAGGGAACCCAAAAACCUAUCAGAUAGAAUCGUCCUAGCUGUUUUGGCCAUACAUAUUGUGACCCUUUACAUGGUCCCCGAUACCAUUGCGUGCCCUCUAUUCGCCGUUGUCUUUCUGUUUUGGCGCACAUCUUACAACCUAGGCAUUGGCAUCCUAUUACGACUCCAGUCCAAUGAGAACAAAUUAGUGGCUUGGGCGCAGAAAUGGAAACUCUUUGAGAACCCCACCACUGGCAAGAAUCCCCGCCCAUGGCUUUACAAGCUCCUGAAGCGCGAAUUGGAGACCAAGAUCCCAGAGGACUACAAGCUUGAGGAAGCGCCAAUCGAGUACAAUACCUGGCUAGUCUUCAGGCGACUUGUGGACCUCAUCCUGAUGUGCGACUUCGUCUCGUACUGCCUGUUCGCCAUUGCUUGUGCCUACCACCCCGCCGGGGAGUCAAUCUAUGUUACAAUUGGCCGGUGGCUAUUUGGAUGGCUAUUGAUAGGAUUCAACGUCUGGGUCAAACUGGAUGCCCAUCGUGUGGUGAAGGAUUAUGCCUGGUACUGGGGCGAUUUCUUCUUCUUGGUUGAUCAAGAGUUGACCUUUGAUGGAGUAUUUGAGAUGGCACCUCACCCAAUGUACUCGAUUGGUUAUGCUGGCUAUUAUGGCAUAUCUUUGAUUGCGGCUAGCUAUAAUGUGCUGUUCAUCUCUAUUGUUGCCCAUGCUGCCCAGCUCGCCUUUCUGGUACUUAUCGAGGAUCCUCACAUUCAAAAGAUCUACAAUCCUCCCACUCGCAAGAGUGAGGUGCCCACCAGGCCUCGGAUCCAUAAUUUGCUGGGCAUCAAAAAUAUUGAUCUAUUACGAACUAUAGAUUAUUCUUUGUUUUUGAAUAUGGCGCUCGUUGCUCUAUUCACCGUGGUGACGCCUCAGACUCCCUUUUACCAGUCUCUUUUCGUUUCGCUCGCCCUGGCUUUUCGGUUGUGGUACUCUGUUGGACUGGGCAUACUACUUACACGACAGUCGAAUUCCAAAGCGUGGACUCGUCACUUCUUGAAGGUUGGAGAUACACCAGAGGAAGGCUGGCGGCAAUGGAAGGGUUAUUAUCAUAUAUCCCAAACUUUAUGCUAUGUCACCUUUGCCGCGGCCUGUUGGAAGAUGUACUGUGCUCCGGUCGACUGGAAUUACGGGUUCGUACUGCUUAGGCAUGUCAUCGGUGCUAGUCUCAUCGCCCUUCAAAUAUGGACUGCCGUGAGCAUCUACGAUUCUUUAGGCGAAUUCGGCUGGUUCUUUGGGGAUUUCUUCUUCGACCAGGGCGUCAAAUUGACAUACACCUCCAUCUACCGUUACUUGAACAACCCGGAGAGAGUGCUGGGCACUGCUGGCUUGUGGGGUGCGGCAAUUAUUACAUGGAGCAGAUCCAUAUUUGCCCUGGCCUUGAUUAGCCACCUGCUUACUCUUGCAUUCCUCCACUUCGUCGAGAAACCGCACAUGCAAAAGAUUUAUGGUCGUAGCCUCAGACGUGAAGCUGGCUUGACGAAAUUCAUCAGACGUUCCCUACCCCCGCCUGUGGUGGGAUGGCAAUCAAGCAUGAACAAGGUUGUGGAUGAGACUACCCAUUUUGUGGAAGAGUUCCUCGACGCAGCCCGUCCCAAGCUAGCCGCUGGUGUUUCAACGAUGGUGAGAGAUACUACCGCACUAUUUAACAAAUACCCUGCUCGCCUCACUUUGACGAAGCUGUCACCCGAUCUUGCUGGGUUCGAUCCGAAGCAUUACUCGCUUUCUGUAGAAGGAGAAGCAUCUGGAGUCUCUGCUUUGUCAGAGCGUGCUAGUGGCAAGGAAGGCACAGCAGGCCGGUUUCCGAAUAAGCUAGAGACAAAGAUUUUCGAGUAUGGUGCGCCGAUCAAGGUCAAAUGGAGGGCUCCGAAAAAUCACGGCAAAAAAGAUUGGAUUGGUCUCUACAUGGUAGCAGAUAAUCCCUCGCGUGAGAUCACGGAGCUCUCAUCCCUCGGACGAUGGAUUCCAACUGUGCCCAACCAGUUCGAGUCUACUACGGCAGACAAGGGCAUUCUGUCAUGGGACCAAUCGAUAGACGAUUCCGAAAAGAGUGACACGACCCUUGUGAGCGGUGAGAUGGUCUUUGCGGGAGACAAGCUUUGGUGGACUCAAGGUGUUUACGAGUUCCGCUACCACCAUGAUGGUAAUCACAAUGUGAUGUCUAUCUCACAGCCAUUCGAAAUUCAUGUCAACAAAUUUAACUACGAAGACGUCGACGCAGGUCAUGAGGGUGGCCUUCAGGAGGCCAUCGAGUCAGCUCUUUUGCCAGUGGUGCAGAACUGUCUGGACCGAGAUCCAGACAUUGCACCGAGCAAGCCUGAGGAGCCAUUCGGUGGUCACGUGGAACGAGAUGGGAAAUAUGCCAAGAGACUGGUCUACGCGAUUCACCAGAUGUUCGGUAUUGAGUUCGCAUCCGUAGUGGUUCCUGCUGAUGGUAAUGUGAGAAACAUGGCCUGGAGGAUUUGUAAUGCAAAACAGGUCUUGGCACCUUACAUUAUGUCACCUUCGAAUGGAACGUCUACGCCGGGUGCGGAGAAGGAGGAUGCGUUUUGAUAUCUAUCCUACCUUUGGUUAACUAUGGGAGGUUACAACCAGCAUAUCCUACAUUCACAACAAGCAGUGCAUCAGGAGUUGAUUGAUUAAUUGUCUGACUGAGCGCCUAAAAAAGUUAAAAUCAAGACAGGAGAAAAGAAAAGUUAUAGGACGGGUUUUAAGUAGGGGGGAAAUGCAUGUUGCAUGUAGACAUGGCCUUACUUGCAAUUUUGUUUUGAAAGGAUGAGAUGAGAUACCAAGAAACUUUGGAAGUCUACAAUAGGGGCUUUUUUGCAAGUCUUUAUCGGGUCUUUCGGGCUUUUUUGAGGCCUUCUUAGGCUUGGAGGUUAGAGGUUAGAGGUUAUUGAUACGAGCGUAGUUGUGAGUAGCGGUAGCGGUAGCAGCAGCAGCAGCAGCAGGAGGAGGAGUUAGUGAGGAGCGGCAAGUAGUAGGUAGUGGGAGUUAGUGAGGAGCGGCAAGUAGUAAGGAGU